AUGACGUAUGAAUACACACAUGAAACAAGGAAAAAAAUCUUUUGUGAGUCAGAAAUUAUCAAAUGUACGAUGCCUUGUUACUCAAUAGUAUUAUAAAUAUCUCUAGUGGUGAUAUGUUUCUAAUAAACUUUCAGACUUUGCUACGGAAUGUAAACUAUUUAGCAAUAACGGAUAAGUAACUUGUCUUAUUAAUAUAAUGGGAGAUACUAGGUAUAUUAAUCUUAAUAACGCCGGACCUUCUUCUGGUGUUGCAGUUUGUGAUGAGUGUGUAAGAGUAUUUUUUGAAAUAAAACGCGAUCAUAAGUGGCAAUAUGUGAUUUACAAAAUAACAGACGAUUUAAAAAGUAUUGUAGUGGAGGAAAGAGGAGGGAAACAUAAAACAUAUCAAGAUUUCGUAAACAAAUUAAAAGAAGCUGAAAAGAAAGGACAAUGUCGAUAUGGAUUGUUUGACGUCAAAUUUUCAUGUAAUGAUAUUCAUAGCGAAAAAUUAGCAUUCUUUCUUUGGAGUCCAGAUACAGCUACAACUAGACAAAAAAUGGUUUAUAGCACCAGUGCUAAAGCUUUAAAACAGAGAUUAAAUGGUCUUCAUAUUGUUAUUCAGUGUAACGAUGAGACUGAUUUAGCUCUAUCGCAUGUUUUUGAUAAAUGUUCUGCUAAAUAUGUCUAAAUGUAGUCAAUCAAUUGGUUAUCUCUCAUUAACUACUUCAUAAACACAAAGAAUUGAAGGUCCGGGGUCGUAGAUUUUCAAGAGGAUGCAUUGUCGUGUACGAAGAAUUUUGCAGCAAGAAACAACAUAAAUAUCUAUUCAUGAAUCAGUAUACGUUUAAUUAUGUAUUUAUGAAAUUGUGACACACUCUUUGGACAAAAUAACUAAUGAUGAGAGUACCAUAGUCGUUACUACGUCAACUACUUUGGAUAGGACAACUGAUGAAUCAACACUCCAAAUUAUAAAAAAACAAUUAUAGACAUAAUUCUCACAUGGAGAGUAAGUUAACCGUUGCAAUCAUUGGAGGUAUUGUUUUGUUUAAAUAGAAUAAACAGUUAAAGUGUU